AGGCUUGCUUCCUUCGGCGCUGGACGGGCUCACUUCCGAUCUGGUUUAUAACCUGUGGACGUAACCGAUGGUUAUGUUUUGGACGUAACCGAGCAAGACCAGUCUAGAAGAAGUACCGCGAGCCUAGCAGUGCAGCGUUCUCAUACGGAGGGUUUUCCACGUUCACCCGUUCAAUGUUAACCAAAAUCUUCGUAUUUGUGUUCACACGAUCUACCUUGGCUCUGUUCAGGUUGUGCUGAGUUUGCGAUCGACGCUUUCACAGCAUUCGCAAGCUGCACAGCGCACUUAUCAAAUCAAGGCAUCCAAAAUGGCGGCUUGUGGUGUCUCUAGCUCCUUGGUGUCCUCCGUCCUGAGCACACGGUCUCUGGCAGCGGCCACCGCCUCCCGUGCAUCUUCUGCUGCAUGUGCAGCUUUCCUUCCCGUCCACGCAAGCCCUGCAAAUGUGCGCUCCAUUGUGCCUGCAAGCAGACAAUCCGAAGUUGUGAGAUCGAGGUUCUUUGGACAGACGAGCUUUGGUUCUAGGCAGACUACUUUCCACGGUGCUGCUCUUGCACCAAAAGCAAUCCACGGAAGUGCUAGGACUGCGAUGACCAUCAAAGUUGGUGAUGAGAUUCCAGAUGCGACCUUGUCCUACUUUGACAGUGAGAACAAUAUGCAGGUUGUGAGUGCAAAGGAAAUGGUUAAGGGGAAGAAGGUGGUGCUGUUCGCUGUACCUGGGGCCUUCACCCCAACUUGCUCCCUCAAGCAUCUCCCCAGCUUCAUUGAGAAUGCUGACAAACUGAAGGCAAAAGGCGUUGAUACCAUCGCGUGCAUCGCUGUAAAUGAUGCGUUCGUCAUGCAGGCCUGGGGAAAGUCUGUGGGAGCUGAAGGGAAGGUGCUGCUGCUUGCUGAUGGAAGCGGCCAGUUUGCCAAGGCACUUGGGGUUGAGCUGGACCUGGUGGACAAAGGCCUGGGGAUCAGGUCGCGCAGGUACUCUAUGUUGGUUGAUGAUGGCAAGGUGGCUGCUCUGAACCUGGAGGAGGGAGGUGCCUUCUCCACAAGUGGAGCCGACGACAUUCUGAAGGUGUUGUAAGCUCGCCUGGCUAGGACUCUAGUUUCUAAGCAUGCCACAGAGUCCCACAGUUUUGUCCCUACUAAGCUUGCGUCUUGCGGUUAGACAAUCUGCAUGGUGACCCUAUUCGAUUGGUUAUUUGACCACAUCGACAGGUAUUAUUUUCCAUCCUACACCGUGGAUGCCCUGCACAUUUGCACAAGCCUUUACGACCCAGGUCGUGCUGAUCUGAUUUUGGAAGACCAGAGAAUGUCUGCUGCGAG